ACCUUGUAUCCAGCUAGCUAGCGAGCAAUCAUGGAACAAAUUUGGGCCGCCGUGAAUUCUUCUCAAGUGCCAAAUGCUUCCACAAACUCCAAUAAUAUUAUUGUAACUGAUGAAAACCAAAUUACACAACAGCAUCGUCGAGCAUUAAUCAAAGCCUUGGAUCUCAUUAGAAAGAUGGCCCCCAUCCUCGUCAACAAAUUCCGGCCAUUCUUAACGCUUCCAUCUCAAGAAACCACCGCCAAUAUCCCAAUUGAUGAUCAUCCGGCCAGCGGUUCAUCAUCCACCGCCGUCCCAGAUGAUGAUGAUGGAAGAAUAUACAUAAAAGGCGAUGAUGAUGAGGUAAUUAUAAAGUGCGUAAUAUGUCUGUACGAAAUUGUAAAGGGAGAAAAAUACAGGGUUCUUGAGGAAUGCAAACACGGAUUCCACGUCGACUGCAUUGACGGUUGGUUGCACCACAACCCCACUUGCCCUAUCUGCCGCCGCCCGGUUCCUUACGCCGCCACCGUGAAGCAGCAGAUCGCUGGGGAUAAUCAAGCUUUGCCCAACGACACAACGGUGCUUUCUAGUUUUGUGGCGUUGGUGGAUCAUUUAUGGAGAUGGUUCCUUAACCCGCUCGGUUUUGAUGACGACGACUCGGGUUGUGAUCAUAUGCUUCGAGAUGAUCCCAACUAUGUUAUUUGAUUGUGUAAUUUGCCCUGUAUUCAUCAGUUCAUUUCAUUUGUGUACAAAUCGUUUUGUUUUUCUUAUUCUUUUGGGGGAGGGAAAGUAUACAAACGGGAUUUAUUAGUACAAUGUUAAAUCAAUUACGAAUUAU